AUGGGCUCGAUUUCGGUGUCAGGCGACGGCCGUAUCCCUCUCUGGCUUGACUGCGAUCCAGGGCAUGAUGAUGCCUUUGCGAUCCUACUUGCUACCCAUCAUCCGUCACUGAAGCUGCUUGGAAUAAGUACGGUGCAUGGCAACGGGUCUUUGGAAAAUACAACGGCCAAUGCGGGUAGCAUUCUUGAGGCCAUUGGGCGUUCCGAUAUCCCUGUAUACCCCGGCGCAAAGAAGCCAUUCUGUCGCAAAGCCGUUCACGCAGAGAAUAUACAUGGAACAUCCGGCAUCGACGGGACGGACCUUCUCCCUGCCCCAACCAAACCAGCGGUGACCAAUGUCUCUGCAUAUAUCGCUAUGAGAGAUGCUCUUCUGGCACAGCCUAAAGACACAGCGUGGGUUGUAGCUACUGGGACCCUUACCAAUGUAGCCAUCCUGUUUGCAACCUUCCCUGAGGUGGCAGAGCAUGUCCGUGGCGUUAGUAUCAUGGGUGGUGCCGUUGGCGGAGGCUUUUCCAGCGUUCCCAUCAGCCAGAAACAGGGAGAUGAGACGAGAGUUGGAAACAUAACUCCGUGGGCGGAGUUCAAUAUCUAUUGCGACCCGGAAUCCGCGCAGUCAAUUUUCUCAUCUCCAGUUCUAGCACCAAAGACCACGCUUGUAACAGUCGACUUGACACACCAAGUACUGGCUACGGAAGCUGUGCAAUCACGUAUCUUGGGAACCAAUGGCCCAGCUGGAGGGAAACAAGAUCCUACAGUCCUUCGCCAGAUCCUUCAUGCAUUGCUUACGUUCUUCGCCGGGACUUAUGAUACUGUUUUUGGAAUCAGCGCUGGUCCGCCGCUGCAUGACCCCCUCGCGGUCGCCAUUUUGCUAUCUAAUCUCAACGAUCAGGCAAAGACAGCAGCUAGCCUUAAGGAACAACUGACAUUUGAUGACGCAAACGGCACGAGGUUUAACGUGUUUAUCGACACAGAUGGACUUCAUCACUGUGUCGAGGGAGCCAACUUGCAGAGCGAAAUAGGCCGUACAAUAGUACAACCCUGCCCUGCCGGGACAAGGGGAGUCACCAUUCCGCAGAGCCUCGAUGUCGAUAAAUUUUGGGAAACGAUUUAUGACUGUUUGGACCGAGCCGAUAAAUGGAACUUGGAGCGGACUCGAAUGGCCUAA